AUGGCAGAUCUUAAAUAUCGGCUUGCACCACAUCAGUACCAAUUAUCAUUUGGAAACGAUACGAAUAUAGUGAAUAUUUUAGAUGAUUGUGGAACCAUACCCCGUUUCAAGUUUAAUCUGGUCAAACUAAGAGAUACAGAACAACACAUGGACAAUGAUUUGCAAUUGAUAGAUGUAAUUAGUUUAGUUGUAUCUGUUGGUUCACACUAUCAAACAUCUAUCAAUGAUAAAACUAAGUGUGACAUACUUUUACUUGACAAAAGUUUGACAGUAGUUCGAUUGACUUUAUGUGAUAAAUUUGCAACUGAUGAUGGUGAACACUUGCCUCAAACUGUUACAAAAAACAAUGUUUUGCUAGCCUAUGGUAUUUGUGUGAGAAAUUAUAAAGGACCGUCACUUUAUACUAUUCGAGCAAGCAAAUUGUAUGUCAAUUACUACUUGAAUUUUGCUCAAUACCUACACAGUUGGUUUGAGAAUGAUAAAUGUACUCAGAAAUUAGUGACAUGGUUGCGGUCAUGCAAUUUUAUAAUGUCCCAAGCAUUGUUGAUAUCAAAUGUUAAGAGAAUAUCGAUAUCCAAAUAUGCAGUUCUACCUACGGUUAAAUAUUUUUGGAUACUUGCUUACAUUCAAAGUAUCAACAUAGAUAAUAUAUUCCAUGAGUUAUGCAAAAAUUGUGGACAAUCAUGUCAAUCUCAUUUUACAAAAAUGGUGUAUAUCCAUUGUAAUGAUGUAGUCGACAUUAUUGUCAGAUACAAUGUUAACAUAGAAGUUAGAGAUUCCAGUAGUAACCUAUACCUCACUCUUCAAGACAAACAUGCACGAUUGAUGUUUCGUUGUGAUGCUGCUUAUCUUAGAGAUUUAAAAACAAAGGAUCCAACAUUUAUCAAAGUGAUAGUUUAUAAAUAA